CCUGGACUUAUUCAUGAACCAACCAAUCAGAGGAGGCUGUAGAGAAACGCAGCAUCCGUAGCCCGUUGAAAACACAAAGCAUCCUCCUCCUUCUCCUCCUCCUCCGCUGCGGGAGACACAUCACUUUGAUAAAAGAUAAAAAAAUGGGGCGAAGAAAGUCAAAGAGAAAACCACCCCCGAAGAAGAAAAUGACGGGUAACCUGGACACUCAGUUCACCUGUCCCUUCUGUAACCAUGAGAAAUCCUGUGAUGUCAAGAUGGAACGAACUCGCAACACAGGGAUUAUAUCAUGUAGUGUUUGCUUGGAGGAGUUCCAGACGCCAAUAACCUAUCUGUCCGAGCCCGUGGAUGUUUACAGUGACUGGAUCGAUGCCUGUGAAGCAGCCAAUCAGUAGUCACGAUUUGCACCGUCCAUUUCUCUAACCUCACUUUUACACGCCUCGUCCCGUCCGUCUGGUUUAAUCGGCUCGUCUGGCCUGAUCCGUGCUGCUCAUCUUUGAAUGAGCUUUUUUUGAGUUUUAUUAUGUUGUAAUUUUAACGUGUUCCUCUGGCUGGGCCAGAGUGUCGACAUGUUGUUCCAACAGUAGCCUCACCACAUUGUUUGUCACCACUCUCCAGUGAUUUGCUUGUGAUUAGUAUUAUGUCCUUUUUUUACAUAGAUUUUUACUGUGUAACAUUGAGGUUUUAUUCCAUGUCCUUCAUAAUAUUUGUGAUUUAUAGAUGAAAAACACGUAGUGUGAGGUAAUGUUUUGUCACUAAUGCACUGAAACUUUUUGCUGGUUGAAAAUUUCUUUUUAAAAAUUGCCAAGUCAAUCCGUCUGGAUUAGAUUGUAUUUGUACUGCUAAGUUUAAAUCCCCUCCCCCACCACCACACUUUUGUUCUACACUACUGUGUACCUGACAUUUACUAUGUAAUUUGAUGUUAUGAAAAAAAAUUAUGAAAGCAGAAGCAAAUAUUUUUGAAGUGUUUUUAUUGCACAAAUGUCAUGUUUCGUGAAAGGCAUAUAUUAAAAAAAAAAAAGGUUAACAAAGAAGAAGUGUCGUUG